GACGAUGCGGACUGCAAGCUGAUACCUGAUAUCAUGAGCUUGGCUGGACCGGGGGGCGGAAGCCAGGCGUGUUGUCCGGGCAAAGCUUCCCGACCGGACACCUGCUUCAUGACGCAUCGCUAUGUAAAGCAGGAAAUCGCAUACCUCUCGCGCCGCAUCGACGAAGUCGGGCGCUACUUCGUGGCCCUCGAGACGAUGCUCGGCUCUGGAGCCCUGGGCCCCGUGCUGGACAGGGCCUUGAAGGAGCUGGAAGGUCACCUUCAGCACCCCGAGAAGCUUGAAGAUCCGGAAGAGGUCCAGAGCUUCAUCGAUGCUGCCGUACGGCUAGGGAUCGGCCCCCAUCGCUACCGACCACUCCAGGACCGCUACGAUUGGCUUUGCCACGGCCGAUAUCAGGAGGAGCUGCGUCUGCAGCUCUUGGAAGCCAACCUGGCCGAGGACUCCAUGCAGCUGCAGCAGCUCAUCGAUGACUCCCUCCGGGCCGGCAUCAGCGCAAAGGAGCUCCACCCGGCCCGUGUCCGCCUCCGGGCUCUCCAUGAGCAGGAGUUCAACGAGGCCAUGCUGGCAGCAGCCGUGGCCGGGGACGUCCGCAGCGUGAGGCAGAAAUUGAGAACUGGCGGAAACUGUGAUGCACAGCAAUCUUCGACGGGGCAUUCUCUUUGGCACAUUGCUGCCUCUCGGGGAGAUGCCGGGCUUGCAGAGAUCGCGAGGUCCUCGAGCACGCAAGUUGACCUCUUCGACCGAUCUGGCUGGACUCCCCUCAUGUUGGCCAGUGCUCGGCACGACAUUGUCCUUGUGCAGGACCUGCUCGCAGCUCAGGCAGACCUGACGGCAACCAGCAGCAGAGGUGAAGUCAUUGUGGAGUGCCAGGAUGCCACCGAGCUGGAAGCCUUAGAGCGAGAGCUAAACGACAACCGACGGCUCAUGAAUUAUUGGGAAGACUCUGGCCGAUGUCUGGACUUUGGGGAUCAGCUGGCGGCUGGCGAAGAGCUGCUGCUUCCAACUUUUCAGAAGGUUGGUGGGCGAACGGUUCUGCAUACUGCUUUGCUCAGGCCCGGGCUAGAGAGCUGCCGAAUCUCCGUACUGAACGAAGUGUUGGCUCAGCCGAAUGCACCGGUCAAUGCUUUGGAUGACCUGGGCUAUUCUCCACUCUGGUAUGCCGCGCAUGGUGGCUUCGUGGGCUCAUCAUCUGCAUUGCUCCGAGCGGGGGCGAGGGUCUCCUUGGGGAACUGCUCCUGCAUUCAGGCUGCGGCGGACUCUUUUGCGAAGGCCGCAGCACAAGGCGAGCCUGCGGAGGUAUGGCUUCACAUCUGCCGCCUAUUUUCACGUCAUGGUGCCGGGGACUUUGCGGAGGAGAUGCUUGCGGCCGAGGCUGCAAUCGCUGCUGCUGGAGCUUAUCCAGCCUUGGAGCACACCCCGGAUUUCGAGGAAGCUUUGGAGGCUUCCGGCGCAGCAGAGGCACUGGAUGCUGGCUGUGCGGACACAAGCCAUGUCUUCGAGAUGCGCUACAACAGCUGCCUGCUGAUCCAUCGACCUCCCUCUCAGCUGACAUCUGCGGAGGACGCUGCAUCCUUCGCUUCAGCUGCGCAGCCUGACUUCGAGAGCGUUGCCUUUACACUUGCGAAGAUGUUCGGCGGAUAUGCGGAUGUUCCCCGCAAGGUCAGCGCAUCACACAUGACCCGCCUGUCCCGCCUACAAAGACGGUAUGCCGGAGAUUUCUGCUAUGCACCCGGCGCCCCAAUCGAUUGGGCCGCUGUGGUGGGAGGGCUGGAGGCCACACUGGUGUUGCCAAGCGUAUCCGAUGUCUACAAGGCAUUGGCCGAGCUGGAAGAAAGCUGGCCCUUCAAGAUUCGAGGGGUCUGGGACCACCUUUUGCGUCGGGACAGCAGCCGACCUUCAUGGCAAGAUGGCAGGUCGCGCGAGAGGGCUGAAGCGGAAGCUGGCGACAGCGAGCAACAGGGGAGCAGUUGUGAGUAUCCUGCAGCCCAGAAAGUCGCAGUCGCAGGAGUGGAGGCGGCCGGCCGGAGGGCACUUCGUGUACUGGCAGAAGAGCGGAAGACAGCUUGGAUGGUGGCCAAGGUCAGCGUCACUGCAGUCGCAGAGAAGGUGCUCCAGUCUUUCCGUGGGACUCAG